UGGAAAACUCCCAAAGCUGCAGAUCAUCAAAUGGAAAUAUUCAUAAGCAACCAUGGAAAUUUGGCACCAAAAAGAUUCAAGUAUUCAGAAAUCAAGAAAAUGACAAAUUCAUUCCUAGAGAAACUGGGACAAGGAAGUUAUGGAAGUGUCUACAAAGGGAAAUUGCCUGAUGGGGAACUAGUUGCAGUGAAGCUCUUGAGUAAAGGGACUGGAGAAGGAGAAGAUUUUAUUAACGAAGUCGCUAGCAUAGGUAGAACAUCUCAUGUAAACAUUGUAACACUCAUAGGCUUCUGCAUAGAGGGAAAGCAAAGAGCUCUGAUGUAUGAAUUUAUGCCAAAUGGAUCAUUGGAUAAAUUUCUACGUGGCGAUGGGCAUCAUUUAAGCUGGAACACAUUGUUCGAAAUCACACAAGGGAUUGCACGAGGUCUAGAGUACCUGCACCAAGGUAGCAACACAAGAAUUGUGCACUUUGACAUAAAGCCUCACAACAUUCUGUUAGACGAAGAAUUUGUACCAAAGAUAUCUGACUUUGGGCUGGCUAAGCUGUGGAAGAACAAAGAGAGUAUUGUGUCUGUAAAGGGUGCUAGAGGUACCGUGGGAUACAUGGCCCCUGAAGUAUUUUUCAACAAUCUCGGAGGGGCAUCUCAUAAAUCUGAUGUGUAUAGUUUUGGGAUGAUGGUGCUAGAAAUGACGGGUGCACAUAAAAACAAUACUGCCACCAAGGGAAACUCAAGUGAUUCAUAUUUCCCAGAUUGGAUAUACAAGCAAAUAGAAACUACAGGCAAUCGAGGAGAUUAUGGGGUGACCAAUGAUGAGGAAGAGAAAUUAGCAAGAAAGAUGAUGAUGAUAAGCCUGUGGUGCAUUCAGUAUGAUCCAUCGGAUCGACCAUCCAUAAGUAAGGUUGUGGAGAUGUUGGAAGGAAGUUUUGAAUCACUGGUAGUUCCGCCUAAACGUUUCUGGUCAUCUCCCACAACGCAGCCUCCCCAAGGCUCUUCCACAUCAGUCAUGCAAAGUUCAAGCAUUGAGAGAGCAUCUACAAUACAGGCUGUAGGGGAAGACUUUUCCUAA